AUGCUCCCAUUGCAAGCGAUUGGGUACGUUAACUCGCCAUGCGUCUAUGACUUGAAGAAGAACAAGCCGGGCAUCAAACCCGGUGCGGUUGAUAGUCUUAGUCGCAGAGUGGAGGUUCUCGAAAAUGCCUUGCUGCAAAAAUCUCACGGAGAAAGUGGCCUUCCUAGCCACACGGGCGGCACAGAGUCCGGCCACGCACUAGCAGAGUAUCAGAACGUCGUCGGGAUCCUCUCGCUGCUAGCCCGAGAGCUGCAGAAACUCACUUCUAGGCACACGGGAGGCUCACAAUCCGAUACACCCGAAGUAGCAGCUGACCACGCCAUACUCUCUCCGUCAACUUCAAGUUCGUCCAGGCGACAUACUGUUGAUGGCAUUGAGGUUGUGUCACAUCCUCACAAUCAGCCAAGGAAACGUCGAAGGGUGGACAGCUGUGGGAAUCCAAACAUUGAGCUCGCGUUCCCUUUGGAAGACUUGGAAAACAUCACGACAAGCUUGCCACCACCUGACCUCCUCGAGGACAUUAUCAAUAUUUAUUUCAGCACCGUUCAUCCCUGGAUCCCCAUACUUCACGAAACAGUGUUCCGGAGAAGAGUGCAUGAUCCAGAACAACUUCCGGUACUCGUAGUGGUGCUGCAUGCCAUGGUAGUUACGGCCCUUCGCUAUGUUGAUAAUCCCGAGACUCGUCCUUCAGCCCAGGAGAUAGGGCGUAGAGCCAUGCGUUCAAGGAACAUUGUCAUUCUAAAUGCAAUGAACCAGCUUUCCGUCGACAACUUACAAGCUCUAAUCAUAUUGGCAUUCAAUGAUCCUCUACUGAAGCCUCUGCCAUCGAUUUCUCCGCCCCAGAACUGGACGGAGGAAGAGGAGCGUCGACGUGUCUUUUGGAACAUUUUCAAUCUGGAUAGGUGGAACACUAGUCUGACGUCUGACGACGUUCACCGCAGACUCCCAGCUGAUGGCGGUCUGUGGCAUAAAGAAGAGUCUGUAAUCACUCCCUUCUUCGGAAUAUGGGAUCGCUCUGCAGCCAAGAUGGGCAACUCCAUCGUCUUUCUGCCCGAACACUAUCCGAGCCCAGAGAAAAUAGCAGAUGUACCGUCGCAGACACCGAACACCGCCAGUUCUCAAAAGGGGCAGAACACGGUCGACAUGACAACCGUCGGCGCAUUUUCAUACUGUAUAGAGGCAACAGAAAGUCUCAGCAGGGUCACUACUUAUUUCCUCCAACAAAAGAUCAACUUUGAGGACAGAGGAGAAGUCUCCAGUUGGCUCACUAGGUUCAAAGAGCUGGAUUUGAGACUAGUACACUGGAAAAUGUUUUUGCCUCAGAAGUGGAAAGACUCCAACAUAUCCCGCCAGCCAGCUCUCAUCAACAUGGACCCCAAUCUGACGCUCGCGCAUGUGACCCAUAACACAUCCAUGAUCCUCGUCCACCAACGCAUAGCUUAUCCAGAUGCUCAUUGGUCGAAUAUAGUUAAGCUGCCCAGCUUCUGUAGUGCGGAGACUUGCCAGGAAGCUGCCAUUGAGACAACGACAAUCACGCAAAAGUACCUGAAAUAUACUCCCGAAAACAGUCCUGCCACCAGUCAGUUCGCAUUCUGUGUCUUUAUCAGUGCAAGAGUGCUAUUGGGUAACCCAAGCUAA